AUGACCAUCGAUUUUGCUUUGCAGGAUCGUUCUCUCGGCACGACCAUGACCCCCGCCUCUCCGUCUGAUGAUAAACCAAGGACAAUACAGACUAGCAACGCUUUAUGUACUGUCCAUGCAACAUUGAAAGCGUUGUAUGGAGAGUAUAUAGCUUCGUUAUCCAGGCGACAUGUCACUUCCCCGGCGCGUAUGUCUCACGGCACUAUCGAAGGCGAGGUAGUCAAGAUUACCACCUUGCGCGGAAAGUAUUUUCGGUUUAUGGGAUUCACUCACAACAAUGAACAAUUUUUACAUGCAGAAGAGGCAGUCCAUCUGGCGCAGAAUGACCGCUUGUUGAUAUGGGACGGCGAGUCACCUCUCAGUAUGCAGGAAGUAUACGCACAAUUGUUGAAUUUUCAAACCUAUCCGUUAUAUUUGAUACUUAGUCAUUUUUUGCAGUUCGGUUAUGUUUUGCGAAAACGUGAUCAGCGGGCUAGCCAGUCGCGAACUUACUUGCGUACUUCAUGUAAGUGGACACGCCCUUUUCCGACCACAAUCCCAAUUGGCGUGUCACCUUUGCGUUUGCCUGAUUUCGGAUCCGAGAUUAAGGCGCCUGGUUGCCGAGUAAACGUUGACGAUUUAAAAUCUCUUGUUGACCCUCGAUCCAUACUACCAUUGUCGGAGUUAAUGCGCUCCUUACAAUCAGUGGUUCAACCAUAUCCGGAACCAACGGUUAGCUCAGCCGGUGUUAAUCUUCUCUACGAUGGAUACGGCGGACACAGUUCAUCGAAUGGCCAAUGGCGGAUAACAAACUUUUCCAAACGGUUUCCGCCGCCACCAGAUUUUGUGAUCAUCAAAGCUACUCCUCGCGAGCCUUAUCCUUAUGUCUCACAACAACAGCUGAUCGAUGAAAAUCUGAAUCCAUCCACAACAUUGAUAUUAUGUGUCAUUGACGGAUCUGAUGUGUUCUUCCAUCAGCUUAUGCCUUUCACAACGCCUAUCCUCCAGUACACUGUCAAUGAGGGUAACACAUGUUGAAUGGACUAUUGUAUACCCUCCCCCCGUGUGUGUGCGCGCCAUAGCAAAGUGAC